GACAUAUGUGGGGCUCCGUUGGCCAGUUCGUCUCGUAUUAAGAGUCAGAGAAACGUGCGGAACUAUAACAAUGAAGUUUGAAGUAUGAGCAAUAAUGUUAUGGGCCGCUUGCAUUGCAGCAGGCCCAUAAUUAGCAAACAGUAUUCGUCAUUUUAAGAACAUUACAGUAAGCCUGCGGUACAAAAAAAGGUGUUUGCAGUUUUUGUGUUUUCAGACGCAAAUGGAGGUUCUGUACAGAGCUGUGGCUUCUGGGGGAGGAACCUGUGACCCUCUUUCAACAAGCGGAUGUGCUCAACUUCACUCCUUGCCUUCUGUUUCUGAAGCUGCGUGUCCGUCUGGGACUCGGUGAGUGCUGAAAUUUAAUAUUCUAUGCAGAAGAUCACUCAAAUAUGUAGAAGACAAACCAGUUAAGAGCAGUUGAGGACAUCUGGUUAUCUGCAAAGAAGGCAUCGACACAACUGAGGUCCGCAUGGAGCUGGAGGGGGCGUGGCCUCCAGGUCUGCCUGAAUUUCGGGAGAAAAUUUGUCCCAGGAGGUUUUCGGGAGAGGCGCUGAAUUUCGGGAGUCUCCCGGCAGGGUUGGCAAGAUGGAACAAAGGCGACAGGAAGUGAGUGUCGGCAGCGUGGCCUUGAAGACGUGAGCAGAAGUUGAAGUGUCCAGAAGCCUGAGCCGAGCACGGCCAGAAAGUGUUGUGACAUGAUGAGUCGAGCCCGGCCAGCGUCCAUCAAGUGCGUCCUGGUGGGCGACAGCGCGGUAGGAAAGACGGCCCUCCUGGUCAGGUUCGCCUCGGGCGCCUUCCCGGACGCGUACCGGCCCACGGUUUUUGACAACACGGGGCUGGAGGUCCACGUGGACGGCGCUCUGGUCCAACUGGGCCUGUGGGACACGGGGGGACACGACAACUUCAGAACCGUGCGGCCCAGGUCCUACCAGCAGGCCGACGUGGUGCUGGUGUGUUUCUCCGUGGCCAAGCCCGCCUCCCUGGCCGGCGUGUGCACCAAGUGGAUGGCGGAGGUGCGCCAACACCUGCCGGACGUGCCCGUGCUGGUGGUGGCCAACCAGACGGACCUGCGGGAGUCGGGGGCGCACCGGGGCGGCUGCGUGUCGGCGGCCGAGGGCAAGCGUGUGGCUCACACCCUGCGCGCCAAAGGCUACCUGGAGUGUUCGUCUCUGAGCAACCGAGGCGUGCUUGAAGUCUUCCAGUGCGCCGUGCGGACCGCCAUCAGCCACGGCAGGAAGCAGGCCAGGCGGCGAAUGUUUAGCUUUAACCAGUGCAAAGUCUUUUAACCUGGCCUGGGAACGCCUCGGGAUCCCCCGGGGGGAGAUGGACCAAGUGGCUGGGGAGAGGAAAGUCUGGGCUACCCUGCUUAGGCUGCUGCCCCCGCUACCCGACCUCGGAUAAGCGAAGGAAAUGGAUGGGCAUUUCACCUUAUACAACACAUUUAACCUUAUACAAGUGUUUAUGCCAUGAGCCAACCUGCUGUGUAUACACACACAAAGAGGGCCCUGCUCAUGAGCACGCGGGCAGUGGAGCAUCGCUCCAACAACUGUUGCAUUCUGUCUUUUUUUUUGUUUUUGACCUGAACGACUGGCCUUAGACCUCAACCCGGCAACAACAGCAGCACUCGCAUUUUUAGUCACGCCCAAUGAUUCGCAAGUAUAAAAACUAUUUUUUGUUCGAUAAAAAAUAAAAAUGAAAGGAUUCGCAAGUCGCGAACGCCUCCCUAGGGAGGUUUUUACGGAACAUCAGACCGGCAGGAGGCCACGGGGAAGACCCAGGACACGUUGGGAAGACUAUGUCUUCCGGCUGGCCUGGGAAAGUCUCGGGAUCCCCCGGCAGGAGCUGGACAAAGUGGCUGGGGAGAGGGAAGUCUAGGCUUCCCUGCUUAGGCUGCUGCCCCCGCAACCUCGGAUAAGUGGAAGAAGAUGGAUGGAUUCGCAAGUAUAAAAACAAUUUUCUGCAAGUUCCAAUUUGUUGCAGUAAUAUUCCACCCUGAAUGAUCCACAUGUUAUUUGCGUAUGGUGCCGUCCGCCAAAAGUACAAAAGAAAAAGAAGGCUGGGCAGUAAAAUGGCAGACAGAAGAGAUGCAAUUGUGGUUUUUUUUUACUCAAAUUGAUUUUUUACCCUCAGAAAAGUUUUUUUUUAAACUUGCAAGCCAUAUUUUUACUUGCAGGAAAUUGUUUGUUUGCAAAUGUUUUUUUUAUUUGAAGAAAAAAAUUUUCAUACUCGCACUUUGUUUUUUUGAUAGAAGAAAAUUAAUGGGUGGAUGGAUGAAUGUUUUUGAUUGAAGAAAAAUGUUUCAUACUUUUUAAAUUUUAAUAAAGGAAAGUUUUUUGUACCUGAAAAUCUUUUUUUUUU